GUAGCAGUAGCAGUAGAUAGAGACAGCAGAGCCACGGUUACUGCAGCAGGAGGCAGGAGAGGUUGUCCUUUAGCUGUGCACCAUUUACCGCUGCAUUCUCUCCUGCUCUGAGAACGCGAUUCUCAUUCUCGUGCUCUCUCUCUCUCUCUCUGUUUCUCUCCCUCCUCCUCCCUCACCUUCUGUCCCCUUUCCCUCCCUCUCUUUCUCUAGCAGUGAUGGGGAAGACCACCAUGUAGAGACGGAGAGGCAGCGGAGGCAACAGCAGAAUAGCAGCAAUGGGAAGCAACACAUGGAGUGGUUUUGGACUGCAGCCGUGGUGAGCCUGAGACCUACAGGACUUGACACCACCAUCAUUUCCCUUCUCAGGACCUGACCACUGGGGCUUUCCAACGCUCACCUGGAUGCUCCCCACUUGUGUUUCAUCAUCCCCUCCUCUCCUCGUUUGCUGCUGCUCUUUCUCCUUUUCUUCUGUUUCUCCUCUUUGACGGUUUUGGUCUACUGAUAUCUGACAGUCAUUCCUGAACCAGCAAAACUGCUCAUCGAUUAACCCCCCCGGAUUCCCCCCCCCCCCCUCCCUUUUUAAUCGCUCUGUCUGCCUUCUUAACCUACAAGUGGCAUUCUUUUCCCCUUUUUUGGUUGGUUGCCUGCUUGAUACCUAUUUUGGAUUUUUUCAGAUGAGCCUGAGCUCAUCCCUCAGUUGUGCAAGCUUUUUGAUUGAUCUAUAAGCAAUAAGAAACACUUAUCUAUCUGACUUGACAAGCUGACAUCAUGGGGGACAUGUCCAACAGCGAUUUUUAUGCCAAGAACCAAAGAAACGAGGAGAACCAUGCGGCAGGCUUCGGCUGCUCGGUCAUGGAUCUGCGCUCGCUCAUGGAGCUGCGUGGCACAGAGGCGGUGGUCAAGCUCCAGGAGGACUACGGGGGUGUAGAGGGACUGUGCAAACGACUGAAAACCUCACCAACAGAAGGUCUCGCAGGUGCCCUACCUGACCUGGACAAGAGAAAAGAAAUAUAUGGUAAAAACCUGAUACCUCCAAAGAAGCCAAAAACCUUCCUGCAGCUGGUAUGGGAAGCCCUGCAAGACGUCACCCUCAUCAUCCUGGAGCUCGCUGCCCUGAUCUCCCUGGGCCUCUCCUUCUACCACCCUCCUGGAGAGAGUGGCGGAGAGUCCUGUGGCGCAGCAGCAGGUGGGGUAGAGGAUGAGGGCGAGGCAGAUGCCGGCUGGAUCGAGGGUGCAGCUAUCCUGUUGUCGGUGGUGUGUGUGGUGCUGGUGACGGCCUUCAACGAUUGGUCGAAGGAGAAGCAGUUCCGUGGGCUGCAGAGCCGCAUUGAGCAGGAGCAGAAAUUCCAGGUGGUCCGCGGUAGCCAGGUCAUACAGCUGCCAGUGGCUGAUAUAGUGGUGGGGGAUAUCGCACAGAUCAAAUACGGUGAUCUGCUUCCUGCUGAUGGUGUAUUGAUCCAGGGCAAUGACCUGAAGAUUGAUGAGUCCUCCUUGACUGGAGAGUCAGACCACGUCAGGAAGUGUGCAGACAAGGACCCCAUGCUGUUGUCAGGGACUCAUGUGAUGGAGGGGUCAGGGCGCAUGGUGGUCUCUGCUGUUGGUGUCAACUCUCAGACUGGAAUCAUCUUCACCCUGCUUGGGGCAGGCGACGUGGAAGAGGAGAAGAAAGAAAAGAAAGGAGGGGCAGUGGAAGAUGGACACCAGAACACAGACUGCUCCCAUCCCCCUAUCCACCCCAUCGCAACUAUAGCCACGGAUGGGGCUGCAGGCAUUAAUGCCCCUGGCAGUGCCACCCUAAUUAAUGGUAAAAUGCAAGAUGGCAAUAUGGAGAGCAACCAGAUUAAAGUAAAGAAGCAGGAUGGAGCAGCUGCCAUGGAGAUGCAGCCUCUAAAGAGUGCUGAAGGCGGAGAGUCCGACGAGAAAGAGAAGAAGAAGGUGUCCGGUUCGAAGAAAGAGAAGUCUGUGCUGCAGGGGAAGCUGACCAAACUGGCUGUCCAGAUUGGGAAAGCAGGUCUGCUCAUGUCGGCCAUCACGGUUAUCAUCCUGGUCCUGUUCUUUGCCAUCGACAACUUUGUAUUGCAGAAGCUCCCUUGGCUCCCAGAGUGCACUCCUAUCUACGUCCAGUACUUCGUAAAGUUCUUCAUCAUCGGUGUGACUGUGUUGGUGGUGGCCGUGCCGGAGGGGCUGCCGCUGGCUGUCACCAUCUCCCUGGCCUAUUCAGUCAAGAAAAUGAUGAAAGAUAACAACCUGGUGCGUCACUUGGAUGCAUGUGAAACGAUGGGCAACGCUACAGCCAUCUGCUCUGACAAGACAGGCACGCUGACCACCAACCGCAUGACGGCUGUGCAGUUUUACAUCGGAGAUGUGCAUUACAAAGAAAUCCCAGAUCCUGGAGCUCUGUCACCUAAAUCAUUGGACAUACUGGUCAACGCCAUCUCCAUCAACAGCGCCUAUACAACUAAGAUACUGCCCCCAGAUAAGGAAGGCGGUCUGCCGAAACAGGUGGGCAACAAGACAGAAUGCGGCCUGCUGGGAUUGGUACUGGACCUGAAGCGGGAUUACCAGCCAAUAAGAAACCAGAUCCCCGAGGAAAAACUUUACAAAGUCUACACCUUCAACUCCGUCAGGAAGUCCAUGAGCACUGUCACCAAAUUAUCAGACGGCAGCUUCCGCAUGUACAGCAAGGGAGCCUCGGAGAUUGUCCUCAAAAAAUGCAGCCAUAUCCUGAACGAAGUGGGUGAGCCGAGGGUCUUCCGUCCACGGGACAAGGACGAGAUGGUGAAGAAGGUGAUCGAGCCCAUGGCAUGUGAUGGCCUGAGGACCAUCUGUGUGGGGUACCGUGACUUCCCUGGUGAUCCUGAACCCAAAUGGGAUGAUGAGAACAGCAUCCUCAGUGACCUGACUGCCAUCUGCGUGGUUGGAAUAGAGGACCCUGUCAGGCCAGAGGUGCCUGAUGCUAUUAUGAAGUGUCAGCGUGCAGGUAUAACUGUGCGCAUGGUGACAGGAGACAACAUCAACACAGCCAGGGCCAUAGCCAUCAAGUGUGGUAUCAUCCACCCCGGAGAGGACUUCCUCUGCAUUGAUGGGAAAGAGUUCAACAGGAGGAUCCGCAAUGAGAAAGGAGAGGUGGAACAGGAGCGUAUUGAUAAAGUUUGGCCUAAACUCCGGGUUCUGGCCAGAUCUUCACCAACUGACAAACACACUCUAGUCAAAGGUAUUAUUGACAGUACUAUGGUGGACCAGAGGCAGGUGGUGGCUGUGACAGGUGAUGGAACCAAUGAUGGACCUGCUCUGAAGAAAGCUGACGUCGGCUUCGCCAUGGGAAUUGCUGGUACAGAUGUGGCCAAGGAGGCGUCUGAUAUCAUUCUGACUGAUGACAACUUCAGCAGCAUCGUGAAGGCAGUGAUGUGGGGCAGGAACGUCUACGACAGCAUCUCCAAGUUUCUUCAGUUCCAGCUGACUGUCAAUGUUGUGGCCGUCAUCGUGGCUUUCACUGGAGCCUGCAUCACACAGGACUCCCCCCUGAAGGCAGUGCAGAUGUUGUGGGUGAACCUGAUCAUGGAUACCUUUGCAUCUCUGGCCCUUGCGACAGAGCCUCCGACAGAGUCUCUGCUGAAGAGGAAGCCAUAUGGUCGCAAUAAACCUCUUAUCUCCAGCACCAUGACCAAGAACAUCCUCGGACACGGAGUCUAUCAGCUCGUUAUCAUCUUCACACUUCUCUUUGCUGGUGAGCAGAUCUUUGAUAUUGACAGCGGUCGUAAUGCUCCUCUGCACUCUCCGCCAUCCGAGCACUAUACCAUCAUCUUCAACACCUUUGUCAUGAUGCAACUUUUUAAUGAGAUAAAUGCCAGAAAAAUCCACGGUGAGAGGAAUGUAUUCGAUGGUAUCUUCAGGAACCCCAUCUUCUGCUCUAUUGUUUUUGGCACCUUUUUAAUGCAGAUUGUUAUUGUGCAGUUUGGAGGAAAGCCAUUCAGCUGUCAGCCUCUGGACCUGGAAAAGUGGAUGUGGUGUGUUUUCCUUGGGCUAGGAGAGCUCGUCUGGGGACAGGUGAUAGCCUCCGUACCUAAUGCCAGGUUGCGCUUCCUGCGGAGGGCAGGUCAGUUGACCCGGAAAGAUGAGUUACCAGAGGAGGAUGUGAAUGAAGACAAUGAGGAGAUUGAUCACGCAGAGAGGGAGCUGAGGAGAGGUCAGAUCCUCUGGUUCAGAGGACUCAACCGCAUUCAAACUCAGAUCCGCGUUGUGAAUGCAUUCCGUAGCUCCCUCUAUGAAGGCCUGGAAAAACCAGACUCCAGAUCAUCCAUCCACAACUUCAUGACACACCCAGAGUUUAGGAUAGAAGACUCCACGCCCAACAUCCCCCUCAUCGACGACACAGACGACGAUUCUGCUCGGAGGAGGAGGAAGUACUCCAGCCAGCCCUCGUCCCCCAACAAGAAUAACAACGCCAUCGACAGUGGCAUCAAUCUCACCAUUGACACCAGUAAAUCAGCCGCUUCCUCCAGCCCCACCAGCCCUCUUCACAGCCUGGAGACAAGCCUCUAACCCUGAUCCUAACCUCAGCUCUAACCUCUAAUUUCAUAUCCCCGCAGUCAGGGGGUAUCUCCUCCAAUUGCUCCAGAUAUUUAACUGCAACCUUUCACCUUGUCACACUAAGUUUCACCGAGUCCUGCUCAAUUCUCAUCUUCCAGUCCCCCUCCCUAAAAAAAGCCCAUUUAUUUCCUACACAGGACCGGCCCUGUGGCAACAUCUUCAUCUGUCACCUUAAUCUUGAGCUCUUACAGCUCUAUGCUCCUCUCAAAAGAGAAAAUCUAAAGUAAUACAGCAAGGUGAAAAGAAAAACGAACAACAUACAAUCAAAAAAGCGCAACAAAGCCACAAAACCUACACAGCCAUCCUGCUUUUGUGGUUGUAUGUGUACAGUGGCGCCGGUGGUGGUGUGUAUGAUCAUAUGCGUGUUAGCAUGUACUGAAUAAGCGUGCCGCUGACUGCACAUAUGUAUGAACCGUGUCGUUAGUGGCACCUGGAGGAGGAGGACGAUGAGGAGGGAGACACAGCUGAGGAGUUAAAAAUCACAAAACAGGACAGACUCCGCUUACGCUCCCUCUCCUCAACAAUAACGUUGUCAAUACUGAUAAUAGUUUAAUCAAAUUGAAAACAUUGUUAUUAUUCUGAUUCUCAUUCUGAUUAUUAUUGUUCUUAUUAUUGUUGCUCCUGCAUGAAUGUACAUUACCCAAGUUUUCUUUCAAAGGGUUUUGAUUUUAUUGGAGUUCUUCUGUUUGAUGGGCUAGGCUUUGCGGCGGACUUCUAUUUUAAAGACGGCUUAUCUGAGUUCUUGGCCCUGCAAAGUUCCUUCUUCUGUGUGGCAUGAACAUGUACCCAACUGUAAAGAUUUCUUUCAUCCAUAAACAUAAAUGUGUAACGAAACGGUAGGGCUCAACCUGCACAGUAGUUUUGCACCUUUCAGAAAAAGAGGAACGCAAAAUAAUAUUGAUGAUGAUAGCAUUUAUGGGAUAUAUUCUAUAAAUAUAAAUACAUAUAAAUAUAUUUAGAAAGAGUUUAUCUUUGUUUGUUGGCAUGUUGCCUUGUUCCUGCUUCAAUGGCUCAAAAAUACUUUUGACUUAUUUAUGUCUUAAAGAGAAUGUAAUUUGUUUACAACCUCGUAGAGAUCAACUUCCUGGUUUGUAGAAGGAGAGAGAGGCGGAGCUGGAGCGCAGAAGGACCAGAGCUGUGUUAGUGUGUUAUUACUGAAAAACAAUGUGCUGGAAUCUGCCUGCUAUCUUUUCAAUAUUGUAGAUAUUUUUAGAGGAUUGACGGACAUAAAGAAACCAAAAUAUAAUGGGAAACGUAGUAAAUGUGGAAUCUUAGUAUUAUGCUACAUGAUUGUUGGGAUCAAGGUGGAGUGGCUUGCCUUUUCUAAGCGGGGGGCCUCCUUUAUGUGACAGAGGGGGGAUAUUUAAUUCUUUUAUCACCUUUUUUAUUAUUUUAUUGUGGGGUUUUUUUCUGUGCUUUUGCGCUGGCCUAGGGUCAGAGCUUGAGUCAGAGGCUGAGAUAAGUACUCUAGAUAAACCUGCUUGUUCUAAGGACUUAAGGUUUUAAAAUAUGUGUGACCAUCAAAAAGGCUGCAAUCGAGUCAUAUAAGAAAUCUGCAAAGUUAUAUUUCGCUCAUUUGUGCCGCACGGGAAUCAGAAGUUUUGUUUCUGUUUUGAAAGAUAUUGUGUUUUUAUUUUUAUUUAAGUUGAUUUUCUUUGUUUCUUGAAAGGAAUAUCUUUUUUUUCCUCUAGCAGAGGGACACACACGCAGCCCCACAGAGCUGCUGGCAUUUUUAACACCUAAAAAAAAAAAAAAGGAAAAACUGACAAAAAAAAAAACAAAACAAAUCACAAAAAUGGAAUGUUGCUUUGAAUCUUUUUCUAUAUAUCUAAAAAAAAAAAAGAAGAUCCUUUUCUGCACUAUCCGGUUAUGAAUGAACAUUUCUGUGGUGUAAUUCUAGAUGUGCUUUUGUGUGUUUUAACCAAGCUUGUCUUCCUGCCGUCACAGAAUAUACAGUAAUCUAGCAUCUCAACUGUACUCACUAGUUGUAAACUAUUUAUUGUGCUUUGACCAAUCAGACAUGACCAGAGAGAAGUUCCAUACAGAAGGCACAUUAACCCUGUCUUAUUGCACUCAGAAGGACAAGGCCACUGAACUAUUGUUAUUUCUAUUACUAACCCAAGUCAUUGGCAAGCAUUACGGGAAAGGCUCAUUAUGCAACUUGAAAAAAAUUGAUGGUUUUUCUACUUUAAAAAAAAAAAAACAGUCCUAUACACUACUACAGUAUAUACAAUCAUUUAUCCCAGCACCUUUUUUUCUUUUUGAUAUCCUACUCCUCUGUCAUCUCCCAGUCGAUCCGUCCAUCUGGAGAGGGUGCACAAGCUUUACCAGUUAGCUCAGGCGUGUUGAAAAAGUCACUUGAUCCAUUUGAAUAAAAUAUGUCGUAUUUAGGUUGAACUACAACAGUCUGGAUUCUGAUAUUCUCCUAAGAAGCUGUUGGUUUAUUUUGGUUCCUUUUCAACAUUUUCAACUUGAGAAAGUAUUUGUUUAUUUGUCUGUACUAAAUGAAAACAAUAAACACAACAGAAAAUACAACAGCAACAACAUCAUUUUCAAUAGAAACACACACACACUCACAAACAAAAAAAGACUUAAGCCAACAUUCUCCGACCACUUUUUCAUCCGAGAGGACAUUCAGCUUUAAGAGGAUGCAAAGACCACGAUUGAAAAAUAAUCUUUGUAAAUACAGCAAUGAGUCCACUGAGGACAGUAACAACGCGGACUGAUGUGAAAACAGGAACUCUUCCUGACUACAUCUCCCAUCAAGCACCACAACAAGUCAUACUGCCAAGACAGCUGUUUGGCUGUAUGUAAUCUGUCACCGCUCCUGUCAGAAACACUUUCAAACAUCGUGUGAUUACAUCCAAUGAUAACACGUGUUGUAGAAACCAAUAAUUAUGUUGAAGAUGACACCGACAAUGACGAUGAUGAUGAUGAUGAUGAUGAUGAUGAUGAUGAUGAUGAUGAUGAUGAUGAUAAUGAUGAUAUCAAUGAUACUUCUUGCAAUAUACUCUCACCUGCCUCGAUGUACUGUAUUUAGCAGCAUGCAGUUUGUGGAACAAAGAAAAAGAGAAAUGCCAACAGAUAACUUUUUGGCAUACUUAGCCAUUUAUGGGUAAGUGAUUUAAGUGUUCAUCUUGUUUUUAUGAAUUUUUUUUUAUCUAUACAAUAAUUGUAAAUAAAGAACUCAAUGUCUUUUGUUCAUUUAAUACUAUGCAAAAAGUCAUGCUUUUCUGAUUGUUGCCCACCCUUAAUCCUAGAGUGUGUUGCUGGAAUGUUUGUGGUCUCAAAAGUCAGUGAAAACAAUGUGAUGUAAAAUAUUUUCUAGCUUGAGGACAAAGUUAAAUGAUGAUGAAAAUUCUUAUUAUUAUGAUACGGUGAGGAGGAGGAGGAGGAGGAGGAUGGUAACGGUGGUGACAGUGAUGAUGAUGAUGAUGACGAUGAUGAUGAUAAUGAUGACCUGUGACUCUUGCUGCUUGACUGUCCCAUUUACCACACUCCUGACAGGAGCGCAAGUGAAAAGAAAAAUACAAUAAAAACAAAAAAACGCAAAAAGCACUAAAUAAAUCUCCCAGAGCAGCAUGACCCAGCAUGGUGUGUCCUGGCCCCGUG